AUCUUUAGGCAUGAAUUAAACAAAUUUAGAUUAAAACAUUUAAUUUACAAAUAAUUUAUUACGUGUCCACCUCAGUGGACAGCAUACGUUCUGAACAUGACGUGGAGAUGUCAUACGGAUGUGAGGCCUCAACCAGCCCAACUAUUAAAAAAAAGAUUAAAAGCAGAAUGAAACUUUGCAAAGAUCCAUUUCCAUUAUUACUUCUAUUUGACAGCUGUAUGUGCCAGAGGCAUAAUUUUAUUUAGCAAGAAGGCAGGUUUCUCAAAACAUUUGUGGACAUUUUGACUCCAAGAAAUGUUUUGUCUGGAACUCUGUAGCCUAGACUAAUUAUAACACUGAUAAUCAAUUUCCAGCCUCAACACAAUCAAAUCCGUUUUAUACUCAUUUAGCUUAUAAGAAUAUAAACUAUUUUUGUAUUUGUUGGUUGUGGAAUGUAAGGUCAUCGUGGUUUAAUAUGUUUAGAGUCAUUUCCACUUUAUUUGGGACACCUUCAGUCUUUGUGGCAAAGACCAGUUCAGCUUGUGGAGACAAACCAAAUAUACUAGUGGAACCAGUUUACCCAUUCUCAUAGGAGGCAUCACAGUUCUGCCUCUCAAUGUGUAAACCCUGGGGUAGUUGUGGGUGAAGCUCCCAGUAGAUCAGCGAGGUCUAAAAUUCUUUGGAACGUUGAAACUCACCCAAUUCCCUCUUCUUUGCCCAUUCUGAUGCUCAUGUUGAACUUUGUGUUUAAUGAUGCUUAAAUAGCCUACACUGAGAUGCUGCCAUGUGAUUGGCUAAGUAGAUAUCUGCUUGCAUUAAAAGAAAGCAGUUACAACGGGUGUAGCUGAGGCCAGUGAGUGUCUGUGUAUGGAAACAACCCACAGUUAGAAAUCAGAAAUGCUUGAACACACACUCAGCUCGUACUUUUAUUUUGAAAUUGUCAAACCGGUUCACCAGGCAGCAGUUAGAGCUGGUGUGUCUCCUAAAGCCUUCAAAUUAACCUUCCUGCUGUUAAGGAGUGGUUUGUGUUCUGCUGGAUACCAAAACAGGCCCAACUAGUUCCUUUCUUUUUCUUUUUUAACUACUAAAGACAUUUUACCCUGGAGAUGUGAGGCUGUGUGAUUGUUAGUGACGUCACACGCGGCAGCAGCGGGAGCGUCGCGAUUCUCCGCCCCCUUAAAGUCCACCUGUUGGACCACCUGCGAAGCGGUUCUGACGGGAGGUUAGCACGCGACCGCAGCAGCAUGGGAGGUGUUUAUUCUAGUAAAAAGAUGGCCGACAUCUUUGCCUACGAGAGUUCCGAUAUUGACUGGUGUGAAGACAACUACAGGCACUCAGAACAUGUGGUGGAGUAUUUCAACACAAUGAGCAACUUCUUUUUCUUCAUCAUAUCUCCCAUCAUGCUCUACCUGCUGCAUCCAUACGCCAAAGAGAGGAACAUGGCUAUCCACCUGGUCUGGGUCAUGAUGAUAUUUGUUGGGCUCUUCUCUGCAUACUUCCACAUGACUCUCAGCUUCGUGGGUCAGAUGUUGGAUGAGCUGUCGAUCUUGUGGGUGUUGGCUGUUGGAUACAUGGUUUGGUUUCCACGUAAACACUUUCCUUCGUUUAUUAAAGACCGGUCCACAUUUUCUAAACUGGUCCUGCUGAUAACCGUCGUCGCCACGGUGUCGUCGUUUGUCAAACCCACCGCCAACGCCUACGCUUUGAACUGCUUCGGUCUCCACUUCCUUUACAUUCUGGCUGUGGAGAUGAGACGCUGCACUGACCAGAAGGCUCUGCGUCUCGCCAAGCAGUCAAUGGCUCUGUGGGUGCUCGCCAUCUCCUGCUGGCUUAGUGACCGAUUUAGCUGCAGUUUCUGGCAGAAGAUGAACUUUUGCUACCUACACAGCAUCUGGCACAUUCUCAUAGCGGUGACUGCAGCCCACAGCAGCACGCUCAUAGCAUACAUCGAUGCCAACAGUGAGAUACCUUAUUCUCUACCAGGACUUCAGUACUGGCCCUGCGAUAAAUGGGCUGUGGGAUUUCCUUACAUCGUCCUGAAGACCACCUCCAAAUUACAAAAACGGUGCUGAAAAAAAAAACGUAUGAACUUUACUCGGCUGUUGAAAGUUUGGGGAAGGCUCAUCAGAGUGAACGCCUUUGGCUGGAGACUGAAUUUGUGAUUCAGACAUCCACAAAGACAUUGAUGCAAUUUAAGAGAAAUAAAUUAAAAAGUAUUUUCUCUAAGAGAGGUAAAAUAAAAGGUAUUUGAUCCAGGAUGACUCACAAAUCCAGGCUUAAAGCAUUCAUCUCCGCAUUUCACUUUUUAAUAGAGUUGCACUUUUACUUGGAGAAUAUCUGAAAACAUGAAAACAAUCAAAAAAACAAAUAUAUAUAUAUAUUUAUAUACACUAUAAAGCUGGUUGUAAAUAAUGUAUUCCUGUCCAUUUCAUUCAUUUAAUACUUAAAAUACAAGUCACAAUGAUGCAUUACAGCAGAAAUACUGUAUCAAAAGAUACCUACAGGAUAAAAAAUUAUGAUUAAUUUAAAUACAAUUAAUUAAAAUUCAAAAAAUCUUCCAUAUUGGGAAGAGGGUUAAUGAAUUCUAACUUUAAUCAAAAUAAAAAAAGGUCAGAAUUCUAAGAAAAAAGUAAGAAUGCUUUUUUCUUUUCAGUGGCCCUAAUCCUCUUCCGUAGCUGUCACAUAAUAAAAUAUAAAUAAUAGAAUCAGAGCAUAAACAGGGUUAACUGUAUUAUUUACCAUUACAUCGGCCUCACCUGCAGAAUCUAUUUGUUAUUUUUGUGGAAAAAGUAUUUUUUUUUUACUUUUAAAGCAUCAACACUUCUGUCAAGCUUCACUGACAGUUUUAAAAACAACUGAUCAAUGUUUCAGUUGUCUUUUAUGUGGCAGCAAAGGACUAAAAAAUUCUAGCUUUUUUUUUACUUUUCCACUUUAUAAACCAUAAGUGAACAUUUACAACUCAAACAGGUAAUAAAAUAUGACAUGAAUAUUAUUUUUAUCAUCAGAAAGAUGAAUUUUAGAUGAUUAAUCAUCUGAAUUAUCGUUUGGGAAUUUUACAGUGAAAGAGAAAAUAAUAGAAAAUUUAAAAAUCAUGAAAUAAAUCAAAUUACUGUUACAAAACGAUUCUCCAACGCCAACUAUAAGAGAAUAAAAUGUAACCAGAAUUUGAAUAAAACUGUGUUUUAUUUUAGAAGCAAUGUGUAGGCCUGCAUGUUUUGAUUUAAACCAAGUUGGCUGUAAUGCCCCAUGACCUUGGAACCAGAACACAAACUGAGCUGUUUCAUUUUGACAAGUGUGACCAGAAAAAUGUUAACAUACCGAGUGAUUCUCUGAUCUUUUAUUGAACAACACAGAUCCUCUGAAAUAUGACUAAUGACUAAUCAGUCUUUUUUUUUAAGAUUGGUACUUGAUUAAAAAAAUAAUACAUGUUUUGUUUUGUUCUACCUGGUGAUGUGUGGGAAUAUUCAGGGACAGUCUGCCUUUGUUCACGUGACCUUUCCUGUAGCCUAAACAAAGAAGCACCCAGGUGUACAGGCGUCUUGUGUCAAACAGCGAUCUCUUGUGGGCAAUUGGCGAAUUACACAGGUCACUAAGAUCACGGUAGGUGUGGGGGUAUUUUUACAAUUCAUUCAUACAUUUGAAUGAUUUGUAUGUUUUCUCUUUCAACUUUUGUUUUAACUGAAUCAGAUACCUUACAGAACGGCACUUGACUGAUUUGUUAUUUUUUCUAAGUAGCCAUGUUUUAUUAAAAAAAUAUCUUUG